CGCGGCCGCAGCCCAUGGCCCUGGCGCCGCCGCCCGUGCGCGCAGCCACGCGGGCGCGAUGCUGAACGGCGCCGGCCUGGACAAGGCGCUGAAGAUGUCCCUGCCGCGGAGGGCGCGGAUCGGCUCGUCUGUGGGACCCGUUCGUUCUUCUGCGGGCUACAAGAAGGCGGAGGAUGAGAUGUCCCGGGCCACGUCUGUGGGAGACCAGCUGGAGGCGCCAGCCCGCACCAUUUACCUCAACCAACCGCAUCUCAACAAAUUCCGCGACAACCAGAUCAGUACCGCCAAGUACAGCGUGUUGACGUUUCUACCUCGAUUCCUGUAUGAGCAGAUUAGAAGAGCUGCCAAUGCCUUCUUCCUCUUCAUUGCCUUAUUACAGCAAAUUCCUGAUGUAUCUCCGACAGGAAGAUAUACCACCCUGGUGCCAUUGAUCAUUAUCUUAACAAUUGCCGGCAUCAAAGAGAUCAUAGAAGAUUUUAAACGACAUAAGGCAGACAACGCUGUUAACAAAAAGAAAGCCAUAGUGUUAAGAAAUGGUAUGUGGCAUACCAUUGUGUGGAAAGAGGUGGCAGUGGGAGACAUCGUCAAAGUGCUCAAUGGCCAGUACCUUCCUGCAGACAUGGUCCUGUUCUCCUCCAGUGAACCUCAGGCAAUGUGCUAUGUGGAAACAGCUAAUCUAGAUGGGGAGACAAACCUUAAGAUACGUCAGGCCUUGAGCCACACGGCAGACAUGCAGACGAGGGAGGUGCUGAUGAAGGUAUCAGGAAUCAUCGAAUGCGAAGGGCCCAACCGCCACCUCUACGACUUCACUGGGACCUUGAACUUGGAUGGCAAAAGCCCUGUUCCCCUUGGGCCUGACCAGAUCUUAUUAAGAGGUACACAGCUUAGAAAUACUCCGUGGGUUUUUGGCAUAGUUGUUUAUACUGGACACGACACCAAACUCAUGCAGAAUUCCACCAAAGCACCGCUCAAGAGAUCAAAUGUUGAGAAAGUGACCAAUGUGCAGAUCCUGGUGCUGUUCGGCAUCCUCCUGGUCAUGGCCCUGGUGAGCUCCGUGGGAGCCCUGUACUGGAAUAGGUCUCACGGUGGGACUAACUGGUACAUCAAGGAGAUGGACACAAGCUCGGAUAAUUUUGGGUACAACCUGUUGACAUUCAUCAUCUUGUACAACAAUCUGAUUCCCAUCAGCCUUCUGGUGACUCUAGAGGUUGUGAAAUACACACAGGCCCUCUUCAUAAACUGGGACACAGAUAUGUAUUAUAUAGAAAACGACACUCCUGCAAUGGCCAGAACAUCAAAUCUUAAUGAAGAACUCGGGCAGGUAAAAUAUCUAUUUUCUGACAAGACUGGGACUUUGACAUGCAAUAUCAUGAACUUCAAAAAGUGUAGCAUUGCAGGCGUAACCUAUGGGCAUUUCCCGGAGCUGACAAGGGAGCUGUCCUCAGAUGAUUUCUGCCGGAUACCUCCUCCUCCUAGUGAUUCUUGUGACUUUGAUGAUCCUCGGCUGCUAAAAAACAUUGAAGAUCAGCAUCCCACAGCCCCCUGCAUACAGGAGUUCCUCACCCUGCUGGCUGUGUGCCACACUGUUGUUCCCGAGAAGGAUGGAGACGAGAUCCUGUACCAGGCCUCCUCCCCAGAUGAAGCUGCACUGGUGAAAGGAGCCAAGAAGCUGGGUUUCGUCUUCACGGCCAGGACGCCGUACUCCGUCAUCAUAGAGGCGAUGGGACAGGAGCAGACAUUUGGAAUCCUUAAUGUCUUGGAAUUUUCCAGUGACAGAAAAAGAAUGUCCGUCAUUGUGCGAACUCCUUCAGGACAGCUUCGACUAUACUGCAAAGGCGCCGAUAAUGUAAUUUUUGAAAGACUUUCAAAGGAUUCAAAGUACAUGGAGGAAACAUUAUGCCAUCUAGAAUACUUUGCCACAGAAGGCUUGCGGACCCUCUGUGUGGCCUAUGCCGACCUCUCCGAGGAUGAUUAUGAGGAGUGGCUGAAAGUCUAUCAGGAAGCCAGCAUCAUCUUGAAAGACAGAGCCCAGCGGUUGGAAGAGUGUUACGAGAUCAUCGAGAAGAAUUUACUGUUACUUGGAGCCACAGCCAUAGAAGACCGCCUUCAGACGGGGGUUCCAGAAACCAUAGCGACGCUGUUGAAGGCAGAAAUUAAGAUAUGGGUAUUGACGGGAGAUAAACAAGAAACUGCAAUCAACAUAGGAUAUUCCUGCCGAUUGGUAUCACAAAAUAUGGCCCUUAUCCUACUGAAGGAGGAUUCUUUGGAUGCCACCCGGGCAGCCAUCACUCAGCACUGCACAGACCUCGGGAAUCUGCUAGGCAAGGAGAACGACGUGGCUCUCAUCAUAGACGGCCACACCCUGAAGUACGCGCUGUCCUUCGAGGUCCGCAGGAGCUUCCUGGACCUGGCGCUCUCCUGUAAAGCCGUCAUAUGCUGCAGAGUGUCUCCUCUGCAGAAGUCUGAGAUAGUGGACGUAGUGAAGAAGCGGGUGAAGGCUAUUACUCUUGCCAUUGGGGACGGUGCCAAUGACGUCGGGAUGAUCCAGACUGCUCACGUGGGAGUGGGGAUCAGUGGCAAUGAAGGCAUGCAAGCCACCAACAACUCGGAUUAUGCCAUUGCACAGUUUUCCUACUUGGAGAAGCUACUGUUGGUUCAUGGAGCCUGGAGCUACAACCGGGUGACCAAGUGCAUAUUGUACUGUUUCUAUAAGAACGUGGUCCUCUACAUCAUUGAGCUUUGGUUCGCCUUUGUUAAUGGAUUUUCUGGGCAGAUUUUAUUUGAACGCUGGUGCAUCGGCUUGUACAAUGUGAUUUUCACCGCGUUGCCACCCUUCACUCUGGGAAUCUUUGAGCGGUCUUGCACUCAGGAGAGCAUGCUCAGGUUUCCGCAGCUCUACAAAAUCACCCAGAACGCCGAAGGCUUCAACACAAAGGUUUUCUGGGGUCACUGCAUCAACGCCUUGGUCCACUCCCUCAUCCUCUUCUGGUUUCCCAUGAAAGCCCUGGAACAUGAUACUCCCUUGUCCAGUGGUCAUGCCACAGACUAUUUAUUUGUUGGAAAUAUUGUUUACACGUACGUCGUGGUUACAGUUUGUCUGAAAGCUGGUUUGGAGACUACAGCUUGGACUAAAUUCAGCCACCUGGCCGUGUGGGGAAGCAUGCUGAUCUGGCUUGUGUUUUUUGGUGUCUACUCAACCAUCUGGCCCACCAUCCCCAUCGCUCCAGACAUGAAAGGCCAGGCCUCUAGGGUCCUGAGCUCCGCCCACUUCUGGCUGGGGUUGUUCCUGGUUCCCACGGCGUGUCUGAUGGAAGAUGUAGCGUGGAGAGCGGCCAAGCACACUUACAAAAAGACCUUGUUGGAGGAGGUGCAGGAGCUGGAGACCAAGUCCAGAGUGAUGGGCAAGGCCAUGCUGAGGGACAAUAAUGGAAAGAGGGUAAAUGAGCGAGACCGCCUGCUCAAGAGGCUGGGCAAGAAGACUCCCCCAACGCUCUUCCGCGGUAGCUCCGUCCAGCAGUGUGUCUCCCAUGGCUAUGCCUUCUCCCAAGAAGAACAUGGAGCUGUUAGUCAGGAAGAACUAGUUCGAGCUUAUGACACCACCAGAAAGAAGUCCAAGAAGAAAUAAGCUGCCACUUCUCCGGACUUUGCGGUUUCAGGACAGAGAUUCUGUUUGUUGUAUCUACUGUUAACCCUUCUUUGUCAGAAGAGACUGGUGUCCGCGCCAAAACAACUCACAAACACAUUUCUGUGGCCUUAGCCGACCAGUUUGUUAGUUACAUAUUCCUUUGCAAGCCCGGAGCCCGGACCAUAGGAAAGCCAUGUUUUCCUCUUUGUCUGCAGUGCUUGCCGACACUUUUGUUUCCGCUGUUAGGAAGCAUUCAGCUGUGCUCUGCGAGGUAUGAAGUUCAAAGCACUGCUUCACCAACGGUUAAACAUCAGCGCUAGUUGUUCUGGGAGAAAGAGAAAGGUGCUUUAUGUUGCACGAGGAACCUGUCCAGUGUAACUGCACUGAGGCACGCUCCUUCCUGUUCCUUAACUCCCCAGCUGGGCCCAAGGGGCAGCAAGAAACUUCUCCUUAGACAGGUUGCUCACUUGCUUGCAUUCCUGGUUUUUUUGUUGUUGUUGUUGUUUUGUUUGUUUGUUUUUUUGUAUGAAGUGGCAUAAACUCCUUGGUUGCAAUGAAAUCUCAAAAACUUGCUUUGCUGGCGGCAAAGCUGAGAACGUUUCCUUGGACUUCCGAGCCGCCUGCCCAGCUGGUGCCCAUGGAUUCUCCUACACCUUCCCAGGUGCCAGCUGCGCCUGGUCCUGCCGCCAUGGUCCGUGCGCCCCUUGUCCUCAGACUUUCCGCGUGGCUGGCUGCUGGGCUGUGCCUGACAGCUGGUGCAAAGCCCACCCUGGACUGCAUUUUCCCUUGUCCCACUGCAGAUUCAGCUACGGAUGCCAGAAACGCCCGCCUUCCUCCACCACCCACUCAAAUCUGUAACUAAAGAAGAGACGCAAUGCUGUCCUAUACGUAUCCGACACAUUCACCUGCCUCUUCUGACACGGGAGUCCCGAGGGCCAGGGGGUCGGGGGUGGAACCCCCUGCCCUACUCUGGCUGUGAGUAUUAAUUUCCCAACCCCGAUCCCGGGGCCUUCGCAGCCAGCUCAGAACCCUUGCUUGUCUCCUAGGGACCUCAGCACAUUGUAGACUUCACUGGUGGGCAGCAUUUGGCUGUAACGUGCCUGUCCAGGGAUGGGAGAGACCUGCCACUGUAGCUCGAGAAUCAGGAGGAGCAAACCCAGAUGACGAGCAGAGGGCUGGGACAGGAGGAAGAUGACCACACGUGUCCUAGGAGGCAGUAGAAGACGUCCAGGGUUGGACGCAGCCUCGAGGACAUUUCUGCCACAUCUCCACAGAAACUCUCGUGCAGAAGCCCAGAUAAUUGCCACUGUCAGCCUCCUAAGACAAGCACUGAAACAAGACCUUGCCACACGCUUACAGUGCAAAGAAUUCUAAACAACCCAAGAAAAUGCCCGUUCUAAAAAUACUUCUGUCCUGUCCUUUCUUUGCCUCACCAGCUUCACGCACAGGCCUAUGCUGAGUUCUGAGGCUACGAAAGGGGGAACAAGUCCCUGACCGCUCCCACUGCACCCUGCAUUCUGAGCUGGGAUGGACCCUGCAGGCAGGCACAGAGGACCCAGAGCCCUGAGUAACCGACCCCCCAGGGACGUGUCCUCUCUCCGCUGGUAGCGCAGCCAGAUCGUGUGAGGAUUUAACCACAAGUGGGCAGCUGUUCCUGGGUAGAAUGGCAUGGUUCCUUGAGGCAUGGUGUGAUAACUUGGGAAUAAAACAAUGGUGCACUCUGCCCCCUAACACUUUAUUUUUGGAACAUCUAUAACUUGUUGGGUGUUGAAACAACCUAAAGUACAAUUUGCACUGACUUAAGAAAAUUGAUUCUUACAGAGCACCCAGCAGUCUGAAUCCCUAAAGACCACCAGAUAGGCAUGAGGCCAGGAGAUUAACAGCAAACCGAGGUGUCAUUCUUUACUGCACAUGCAGACAGGUAAAGACCACAAACAGGAGAAAGGAAAAUUAGGAUUGAAAGUGUAGGCAGCUUGAUGGUUUGGUCUCUUUUACCUGGUUUGAAACUGAUUUGAAAAGAUUGAAUGAAAACUCAAGUCUUUGUCCAACACGUGGCCCUUUCUUAGACUUGAAGCUUUUCAAAGCAGAUUUCUGAAGGAAAUGUGUUUGUGUUUAGGGUUUUGUUUUUCUUUUUAUUUUAUAUUCUAGGCUAACGGUUUGCAUUUUCAGGAAUUGAAGUACAUUUUUCUCUUCUUUGAGAAGCAGACUACACAAUGUUUGCAAUAAUGAAAUUUGUACACACAAAAAAAAUUUCUAGAAGAGAUACCUUUCUAUUUAUUCUCUCAUGUGAUUAACCUUCCUAUAGAUGGAUGACUAAACUGGGCAUCCAGGCGAGGCAGCUGUCAUGAUGUGUGAUGUAUAAUAUUUAGCCCUGCUGGCCCAUGUCAUUUGUCCUAUCUUUAAAUUGAGGUCAGGGUGUCCCACACAGCCCCUCCCCAAGGAGCCGAGUAACCUGGCCUGGGUUGCAUAUCUAGCUGUCAACUCAGUGGACUUGUCACGUGGGAGUUGUCACACUCCCACACAGUAAGUGACUGUCCAGCCAGCAGGUCAACCUCAGUCAGCAUUUCCAGGGCCUGCUGGUGGGCUGGGCUGAGCUGACGGACCCACCCAGCCAGACCCUUCAGCCAGAGCUGCAUGCAGACGGCUGCCCCUGUGGGAGGCUGUCCUGUUUGGGCCAACUGCAAACAGACAAGACAAGCCAUUCUUAGAGCUUGGUUCUGGGUGCUGCCACAUGGGCACCAUCCCCAUGGGCGGCGGUAGAAGGGACCAGGAAAAGCCACCUGUUUCUGCCGGGAAGUCCAAAUAAACACGAGCUGCUGCUCAGAGCAGCUUUGUAAUAACUUGGGGAGCACGGCUGAUGUGUCUGUCCUGUCUCAGUGCAGAAUACUCCAGACUUCCCGACCAGUAUCACUUUCUUCCAUCUCCUAACACACAUGUACACACAAAAACCCACAAAGAGGACUUGCUCGAGUCAGUAUACCACACAAGUGUGUGCUUUGGAGAAAGGGGAUGGUGUUUCUUUAACAUUUGUAGACAAGUAUCUUAAAAAGCGAAACUAGGAUUCAGCAAAGCUUGGCUGAGGACUCUGUUGACAUUUUCCCUUCCCUGAGCAGGUUUCAGGUAUGCUACAGUGAGCUGGCAGCGAAAAUCACAAUAACUUGUCAAGAAGCAGCGAAUAGUGAGAAGUGAAUGGAGAAAGCUGUACAGAUGACAGGCUUCUAGUUUGAAUAUUUCUAAAAUGAAAGUUACAGCCUAUAAUCUCGAUUUGUUAUAGCAAUGACCUUCCCACUUCUUAAACCAGAAGCAAGAGAAUUUUCUACCAGAGACUCCUGUUGCUCAGAUGUGCGUCUUCCAGCAUAGACUGAACGUAAUGUUUGCAAAACUCUGCUGUAGGAUAAGGUCAUCUUUAGCCAUGAACAUGUGAAAAGGCUACACACAUCUCAGUCAGGGUUUGAAUUACUGCCCUGAGUCAUUGUCCCAAAGUAAUUCAAGGAGUGAUUUAGCUUCAGUGUUUGAAAUGUAGCCUUCAUCUCCUGGGAUCCAUUAAAAUAUGCACAAAGAAUUUGGCUAAACAGAGUCUAAAAUAAUAACUUGGCAAAGAAAUGAAUUUAUCAGACAAAUCAAAACAUGGCAUUCCAUGUCAUACUGAUUAUUUUCUUCACAUAAAUGCUUAAGUUAGCAAAUGUAAGAAUGAAGGAGAUAUUUAAAGCCCUCUGCUCUCAAACAAACACAUCAGUCAGUUUGGUUGGUAGUUCUUCAUUGGCUCCAGGCAGUUAUGUGUCUCAGGGGGACAUUAUUAACUCGUAAGAGCAAUUUUUCCACUUGGAAUGGUGGGGAAGACAGAAGUUUCCAGUGGGCCAUAGAAGUGAGGUUCCAGUCCCCGUGUUGACACCGUGUAAUAUUCUCGGAAUGAAUGGACUGGGUGUACUCGGCUUGAUGUGUAUCCACUGUUUAGUCAUGUUUUCUCAGCAUCCCGAACUGUCCAGUAGUCUACCUCUCCAUGCCCACUACCCCACUCUGUUAGGUACCAGUGACUUCUGGAGGAAAAAACAAAAACAGUAUGAAAUCAACAUAAAUCUAAGUGGUCAGAAGAGAGAGGCGAGGGGCAUGCUCACCCCUUACCCCAUCCCAGCUAGGAUCCACCGUGGUUAACCCAGGACAAACACCUCCCUCCGCCAAGGGCGGGGAGACAAAAGGCUGAUUCUUUUUACACCCAGGCUGGCUCAUUCUCCAGCGACAGUCUCUCUCCCUAGCAGCCUCCAGAUACCGCACCUACUCGCCUCUUUCUCCCAGGCAUCGGACCAAGAAAAACAGGCUCAAAAGAUUAGCCCACCGGCCUUUCUUCUGACCUGGCUAAAGAAAGAAAAGAGACCUGUUUGUUUUAAAAAUCAGGAACAAAGUGUCAGGUAGCUUGAUUUAUGACAAAUGGGAAGAAGAAAGUUGAAAUAAUAGCACUAUCCAAACAACCCUGCCCAGGAAACGCAGGGGUCAGGAGAGCUUAUCAAGACUCUAUCGGAGGCGGAAGGAAAACCCGGAAGGCAGAAGACGAAAGAGCAGGCUGUGUACACACUGGCCAAGUGGGCCCGGUGGUGUUCCUAGAAAUAGCUGGGUCCAGGGUUACAGGUAAAUCAAUAAACAACCAAGAACAGAAAAAGGAAACCUGCCCAGCUAUAAGAGUCUCCUUCCGACAAGAUCCGUGCACCAUACCUUAUCAACAUGUACAAGUGUUAUGUGUUAUGUUUUUAAAGGUCCUCCAGGUGGUGGGGAGGGAGCCUCUUGCCUUAAAUGUGAAAAGCCCUGGGUUUAGUCCCCAGCACACGCACACAUAUGCACAUGCACUUAUACACAUGCACACAUGCACACAAACCCGCACACAUGCAUGCUCAUAAAAACUCACUUGGUUUUUCACUAAAACACAAAUGCGAGGCUGAAAACUGCUCUCUCCUUUCCUGCUCCUUCUCCUGUGUUACCAGGGACGGCCGUAUCCACAGCUGUCCAGGCCACUUCCACGUGGGCCUCACUCCCUAGGGCAAUGCAGGCAGCCGCAGCAGUGCUGCCAGCCGCAGGGUGAGCCCAUCUCCUCGAAUGCCCCACGUCACUGCAGCACUGUGCUCCAACAUGGUGUCUUUGUCGUAUGUGUCUCAUGCAAGCAGAGCAGAGUGCUCUCCUGUCGCCUGUCACAUCUGUGCUGGGGUUGCUUAAACACUGCAAUGGGGACAUUUCUCUGGGUAUGCGGGGGGGGGGGGGGGGGGGCGGGGAGCAGGCUGCAGGGCCUUGCUUAAUUGGCUCCCAGCAGAGCAGUGAGUGCUUCCGAGGCUGGUGGGGUUUCCGUUCCCUCCCUCUAGAAGUGUAACCAUUUUCCCAGUCCAUUAAUGUCCUCUGGUUGUGUGAGCUGAGUUCCCUCCUGGAGGGAAUACAAAUGUAGGGCAUCUCCUUGUGUGUGUAAAGGCAUUUGGAAAAUUUAGUGGUUUGUAGCUUUGAUCAAUCCUGUCAACCGGAGUAUGUCUGCACAAACCCAUUUCAAAUAAAUCUUUUGCUAAGGUAA